CGGCUCUUUAUAUAGCCCUGCGUUUACAGGAUUACAAGUAUAUAAACUGCAUGCUGCUCCGUCAUGCCCUCUCCAGUUCACACCCAACUCGUUCUCUCCGCCAGUUUACUAGAACUUAUAGGCUCAAGAUGACCAGCGUCUCUGUUACAAAAGUAUCAGGCUUAGACCUAAACGCGGCCCGGGCUCGACUCGCAAAGGAUAUGCAAAUAGACGUGCUUACAGCUACUCAAGAGACUGAUAACGAGGCCGCGCGGAGGGAAGUCGCUAGGACGUUCACCUCGGAUACACGUACAGUUCCUACACCGGAGAUGCAAGCAUAUGCAUUCAAGGCUUCUCUUGGUGAUGAUGUCUACCAUGAACCGGCAACACAUGCUCUAGAACUUGCUAUUGCCCGGCUCACAGGCAAGGAAGCCGCGUGUUUCAUGCCCUCGGGAACAAUGUCAAAUCAAAUUGGAAUUAGUACUCACCUAAAGAAACCUCCAUAUUCUAUACUGUGUGACCAGCGUGCGCAUAUAUUCAAGUAUGAGGCAGGGGGUCCAGGUUUCCAUCGCGGCGCAUUGACAAUACCAGUCCUACCUUCAAACCAUCACCAUUUAACGCUUGAAGAUAUAAAAUCAAAUGUCAUCCUUGGCGAGGACGUUCACUACGCACCAACACAAAUCAUCGCUCUGGAAAAUACGUUGAACGGAACAAUUAUUCCUCAAUCCGAAAUUCUCGCUAUCGCUGACUUCGCUCGUUCCGAAGGGAUCGCCUUACACCUUGAUGGAGCACGUUUAUGGCAUGUUGCGGCCGAGACAGGAACGCCGUUAUCGGAGCUUUGUGCACCAUUUGACAGUGUUUCACUUUGCUUUAGCAAAGGUCUUGGUGCACCUGUCGGGUCAUGCCUUGUUGGAACGACAGAAUUCAUUCAGCAUGCACGUCGAUUCCGCAAGCUGUUCGGUGGCGGCAUGCGACAAACGGGUGUAUUGGCAGGCGCCGCGGCGUAUGCCGUGUCCAAUAAUUUCCCUCUCCUACCCAAGGUACACGAGCUGGCCCGGACUCUCGAGCGCGGGCUUGAAGAGGCUGGUUGCGAGAUCCUGAGUCGUGCCGAGACAUGUAUGGUAUUCUUUGACUCUUCGCCAGUCGGCGUGCCGCUCGGUGAGCUCAUCGCACGAGCUGCAGCACUUCCAGAGCCAAUCCACUUCCUUGGCUCACGUCUAGUGGUGCACAUACAAACAUCUGAGGAGGCGGUUUCCGACUUUUUGGCUCUCGUACGCACGAUGGCAGAGGAGAAGUGUGCUGCAGGUUUUGUACGUUCUGAAAAGAAGCCCGAAACGAACGGCACGACCUCUGUUUAUAAGGAUGUUUACCUUAAACAAGGAAGGAAUCUAGUUUAACCAAAAUAGAACGUCUAUGGAAGGAUAGAUAGGUGGAAUUGUUGAUAAGCACCAUGUAUCUUGG